AUGACGAAUAGUUUGCACAUAUCCUCAAUUCAAGAAGGUCAGACAAGAUUUGUGGAUAGUUUAGUCCCUAGAAUAGAUGAAGAAUAUGUUAAUUUGAAUAGCUUUAAACAAUUCGAUGAGUUGCUAACACAUUUGGAGAGCUCUUUGUCACAAUUGGAGAAUAACAACAGUCGCUUGUUAGUGAUCCCGUCGAGUAAUAUUUUUAGAAUCUUAUUUACAUUACUGUCUAGGAGUCCUAACUGUAACUGGACUAUUUCCAACAGUUUGGGGGACAGUAUUCCAACAACUCACAAACAAGUCAAGGCUAAUAAUGGCUACUACGAAGAGUCAACGGGCAAACCCACAUUAUGUGAUAGAAGCAGAGAUGUGCUUGAAAAGUAUAUAAACUUACUACCCGAUGAUAAGUUGUACGAAAAUUUGUAUAGCUUUAUGAUGGAUUUUAUGGAUUUGCCCAGAAGAGUGAAAAGACUUAACUCGGAUACUUUUCGCAAGUCAAAAGAUAUAUUAGCCAUAAUACGAGAAUCUCCGAAUAAGAAAUUAAAACGGGUAACCAAUAAAGAGGGUACCAACAAAUCGAUAGAAGAUAAUGAUGUUAUAGUGAUCAGCGAUUCAGAAGAGGAAGAUAUCAGCAUACAACAAGAGGAUACUUUGAUUGAAUCUGAGGUCAGCAAAUUUCUGAAUUUGGCAACUGACCUUAACAACAGUUUUAUGGAAAAUAUACACCAACCGGGAACGAAUGAUUUUGCUCUAUUACUCAAUAAGGAUUCAUCGCCUUCUCCAAAAACACCUCAAUCCCAAGGCAUUCGGAUAUUCGAUGAGCCUAUAUUGAGUAUAAGAUUAAAUCCAAAGCUCAAUAAUUUCGAUCUAUGGAGAUUAGUUAAUUGGACUUUUUUUUGCAGUGGGAAGUCAAAUGACGUGUUUGAUUCUACUUACAGAAAUUGCCAUUUAAUUUACACUGCACAUUCAGCCACAGUCCAUCAACUUUUUAAUAUCAUAGAAUUUAAUUUGAUACAUGAGCUACAAGACACUUUUUCCAUAAAAGAACAACCAUUAACUUGGUUAUUUAAACAAUCUACUGCAAGAAGAUCGCUUGCAAUGGAUCAAGUUCUUGAAAAUUCCUCAUUAUUGUUGCUGAGUCUUCUAAAACAGUUUGGUCAACCCAGGAGCAAGUGGUUUGAUAGGUUAGCUGAAUAUGUUUUUAAUGGACUUACCUCAAAAACAGAUGUAAUACCGGCUACAUGUUAUGAACGUGAGAAAGAUCUAAUCAAAAAGGAUGAAGGUCUAUCACACCAAAGAAAAAAGAAAAAAUACACUUUCUAUAAUGAUAACAUGGAUUCAAUGAAAUUGAGGUUUAAAAUUUUAAAUAUAGUACAUUAUUGGAGCUUGUUUUUCGAUAAAACUACCCCUGAUGGAAUCAACCAACCAAUGUCCCAGAGUAUAAAUUCGAUUGAAUCAACAAAGUUGAUUGAAGAAAUUGCAAGAAAAUUUAUGUACAUGGAGUAUGAUUAUUGGGUGGAAUUUUAUUAUUCCCUGUUGGUGGAUUCCAAAAUUUCUUUGGAAUAUCGAGAAGUUUUUUUAGUUAACUUGUCAUGCAAGUUGUUGAGUAAUUUGACAAACCCCAAGACAAAUAUGUUUAGCUUGAAACCCCGUGACGAUAAAAUCAACAGUAAAUGGAGGCGUGAUAAUUUGCUUUUAAUUCUCAAGUGGAUGCUGGAACCAAAAUUAUACUUGGGGUUCAUUGAGGAUGAAAGUUAUCCGUCGUUUGUUUAUUUCAAACAAGCAUGGAAUAAGUAUAAUUUUGUUCUUGGAUGGAUGUUCCUGUUUGCAUUGCGCGAUGUUACUGCUGUAGGAUUUAGGGGCAUUUUAGACAAGGAUGCGUUAUUACAAGAAUGCCAUAAAAUGGACCACAUGAGAGAAAAUAUUUUCUUAGAGUUUAUUAAAAAAUGUGGUAAACCAACUAAUUUGUCAUUUAAAUUAAGUACAGAAGAAAUCAAGCAAUUAAAAACUAAACGACACAAAUGGGAAAGCUUUACCUCAAUAGUUUCGACAAUAGUAGCUUAA